CUUGCUCUGGCUCCCAGGCUAGGCCUAGACCUAGCCAUUCUCCUGCCUCUGGCUUUCUGGUGUGUAGAAAUGAAAUGAGGACAUCAAUGUCCUGUUUCUUGCUGUCUCUUUCACGUGCCCAGGCUGUGGCUGUACCCGUGACACCUCUGGGUGGGGUCCUCCUUUGCCCAGGUGGGGCUUGAUAUCUAAUCAGCUUGAGGCCCAAGGUUGAGGGUAGACGCUGGUGCCCUGUCUGUGUAUGUUGAGGUGCCUGGAUGCUCUGCAGGCAGGUGGCUCUGCCACUGCAUUGAGGGUCUGCCUUCUAGGAACAUGGUGCCCUCCCCUUUGCAGUCUGGUGCUCACAGAGCUGCCAACCCUGCUGGGCUGUCGUACCAGACACAAAGUUGCCCAGCUUAUGCCAGCCACCUAGCCUGACUGCCACACUUGGUUGUGUACACGUGAAGGCAUUGGACGUCACAUCUGUGCAGCGUGACUUCUUAUAGAGGACGCUAAGGACCUGUCCCUGGGGCUGCUGGUCUCCAGGGAGGGGUGCAAGGUGCAGGGGAAGGGACAGUCCAGGUUAAUAUUAAACUAGCUCAGACUCUGCCCUCCGAGGAAGCAGGGGUCUGAUGCCCAGCAGCCAUGGGAGGCUGGGCCACAGAUGGCAGGUUCCCCACUCCACCCCGCCCAACCAUCCUGUCUUAACCCCACCCGAGCUCUGUGCAGCUCACACCCACAGCUGGACGUCGACCUAGAUCCAGCGCACUGGCCAUGGACACCCUGGGUAGGCUGCUGCUGCUGGCUACGCUGCUCCUGACACCCGCUGAGGCCCAGCAGGCCUCAGAGCGCCGCCUGAAGCCCUGGCUGGUAGGCCUGGCCGCAGUAGUGGGCUUCCUGUUUAUAGUCUUCAUCCUCAUGCUGGUCAAUCGUGUCUGGUGCGCCAAAGACAGAACUCAGGAUGAGGAGGCUACAUUCAGAAUGGAGCAGCACAUCAUGAAUGAGAACUCAAAGCCAAGUAAAGCAGAGAAGAAGCAGAAGAAGAAGGUGGACAGGAAGGGCGGACACAGCAACGUGGGCUUGGAACUAGAGGAGAAGGAGUCCUCAGAUGACGAGAAAGGCAAGAAAACAGCUUUGUGAAGGCUCUUGUUGCCUGGGGGUGCUCCACCCACACCCCUCAAGCUGCAGCCACCACCCGAAGCCAGACUGGUGUCAUCUGGGUCUGAAAUCUGUCCUCAAAUGAGGAGGUCAGCUCUGCCUGUGGCUCCCACACUCAUCCCCCAUCCUCCUCUGACACACCACUGGCCUGGUGUCUCCUCCUGUAUCCUCUCUCACAUCCAGUCGGCCCUCCAGGCACGCUCCUGGUGUCACCUGACUGUCCCCAUGUCUCUGAGCCCCAGUGCUGCCUCCGGGAGGCUCUCUAGCCCGUCUUGGAGGAGAGACACCCCGUGGUCCAAGCUCUCAGCCUCAUGGUCACUUGGUUCUUUCUGAGGACCUCAUCCAAGGGUCUCCUGUCCUUGAGUAGAGUUUUGUUCGGCAGAGUUCCAGCAACGGCCACCAGGAGGCGGUGUUGUCCCCAGCACCUUCCUUUAAUAAAGGCCCCUAAUGCUGUGUA